UUUAGCAAAACAAAUCAAGCUUCGCUCUAAGCGUCCAAGAAAAGUUUUUUUUUGUUUUCCCUUAACGUCAAUGCUCCACAUUUCGGUAAAUGCGCCUAUCGCUGGUUUGCCAACUGCCAUAAAACGUCAAAGAAAAAGAAGAAGUAGAAGUUGAAGUAGUGUCCCAGAUGUUUUACAUCUGUUUUAUUUCCAUUUAAUUUACUUUUUUUGUUGUUGUUGUUGUAAAGACGAAAGUCCGGUGAAAAUGAAUCCCGUUUUGUGGGCGUUGGCGAAUGUUUUGCUCGUGCUUGGUGUGUCUGGUGUUGGUGCAGAUGAAGAGUCAGUGUUUGUGAAGGAGGGAGAUUCAGUCACUCUGUACACUAAUAUUGAAGCAAAUCAACAAGAAACGAUGAGAUGGUAUUUUAAUGACAUCCAAAUCACUAAAAUCACUGGAGAUCAGAGAGAAAUCUGUUCAGAGGAUGAGUGUAAAGAGAGAUUCAGAGACAGACUGAAUCUGGAUCAUCAGACUGGAUCUCUGAUCAUCACAAACAUCAGAAUCACAGACUCUGGAGAUUAUAAACUAAAGAUCAUCAACACCGGCCGCGACAGUGACAAGAUCUUCAGUGUUUCUGUACAUGGUGUUUCUGCUGCUGAACGAGAUCAAAUGAAGAGAAAGUCAGUGAAGGAGGGAGAAUCUGUUACUUUAGAUCCUGGAGUAGUAAAAAACCCUAAUGUUGUGAUGACGUGGUAUUUUAAUGACUCUCUCAUCGCUGAAAUCACUGGAGAUCAGAGUAAGAUCUGUUCAGAUGAUGAGUGUAAAGAGAGAUUCAGAGACAGACAGAAGCUUGAUCAUCAGACUGGAUCUCUGAACAUCAAGAAAGAAGGUUGA